UGCGGCCGGUCCCCGCGCCCCGCGGGCGCCAUGGAGGCCGCGCUUCUGUGGUUCUGCAACUGGAGCACGCUGGGCGUGUGCGCCGCGCUCAAGCUGCCGCAGAUCUCGGCAGUGCUGGCGGCGCGCAGCGCGCGGGGCAUCAGCCUCCCGAGCCUGCUGCUGGAGCUGGCGGGGUUCCUGGCGUUUCUCCGGUACCAGUGUUACUGCGAGUACCCGCUGCUGACCUUCCUGGAAUACCCCAUCCUCAUCACGCAAGACCUCCUCCUCCUCCUCUGCAUCUUCCAUUUUAACGGGAACGUGAAGCAGGCUGCACCGUACAUCGCUGUGUAUCCUUCCAGCAUCUGAGAAUCAGGAGUGGGAUUCAGGCUGUGACCUGCUAAUAUCUGAGCAGGUAUGGACUUGAAACCUGUUUUGUUUAUUCCAAAUCUGACCGGUUCUAGCAGAGCAGUCUCGGUUCGACACGUGGCUUCUCUGGGUAGCUCUCUGUGGUCUUGGUUUGUUUGCAUGAGACAGGAGGAGGGGGAGCUGCCGCCACCCACUGAUGGCCCCCUUAGCACUUGGUAAGAUUUGUGUCUUCCUGGUUCAUCCUCGGCCUGCAGAAGUGGAUCAUAGACCUGGCCAUGGUGAGUACUGCCCCUUAAAAAGGGGCGAAGCAGCCACUCUCUUCUCUCCUCUCCAUGCCACCUGUCCUGGAAAGAACUUUCUAGAUCAAAUGUUGAACCUGCAGUUUUUUGAGCUGUGCUAAGGGGUAAUGGGAUGAAUGUGCAGUGCUGUUAAAAGACAUUCUAUUAAAAGACAUUAUUCUUAUUCAAAUGUGUAGUGGUGACCAGCUGCCCCCCAAAUAAACAAGUAAAUAAAUGUGUGGCAAAA